AUGGGAAAGAGAUGGUCAAACAGACGAAUCCGAGGCCGCGUCCAAUCACAGCAUGCCAUCUGUCCUCGCGCUCAAUCUCCUGAAAAAAUUACUUGGCACGGACGGCAUCUUGCUCCUGAACCUCGGGUGCCUCAGCACGUAAAGCCCCACCGCAAGCACCACGACCCGAAAAGGCGUCACGUACAGCACCACAGCCGAACACAGGCAGAACAAAACGAACAGGGCAGUGGCCCGCGGGUCCCGCCAGCUCAGCAACGAGCCCACCCUUUCCCCCUGCGCCGCCACGUCACCAGCCACCGUCUGCACCCUUCCCGCCACGCUCCUCAGCCGAUCAUACCUCAUACGCACCAAAUCCGGGCCCCGGCUCGUCGGGAACGUGUCCAACUCCUCGUCCAGCUCAUCGGGCCCAGCCCCCUCGGCCCACGAAAGCCUCGAGUCCAUGCGGGCCGGGCCCCUCGGACGGGCCCUGUAGUUCCACAGCCCGACGAGCAACGCGUAGAGAAAAAUGGUCGGGAGUAUGAGUUCCGGGUAACAGACGAGGAUGAGGAACAGGACGUGGACUAG